UUCGCGCUCAGACCAUGAAGGCGUGCGCUCCAUCGAGGACCAUGAUCUGAUUACAGACCUUCGUUUUACGCACGUUUACGCAAACGCAAUAACAGCCACAUGGUUUUUCCAUUGGAAUCAGAUCCUAUGAUUUAUGGCGAGGAUUACUGAAGUGAAGAUAAAAUGAAAAUAAAUGGCAGUCGCUUGAUGAACAGUUCUUCACUGAGCCCUCACGAGAUCGCUCUGAAUCGCCCACCCUGGGUCGCCACAACUUUGGGCAGCUUUCUGAUCUUCACUAUCGUGGUUGAUAUAUUGGGGAACCUCUUGGUGAUCUUCUCUGUAUACAGAAACAAGAAACUUCGAAACGCAGGGAACUUAUUUGUGGUGAGCCUGGCAGUAGCUGACCUGGUGGUAGCGGUCUAUCCUUAUCCUCUCGUGCUGGUCUCCAUUGUCCAUAAUGGAUGGAAUUUGGGAUUUGUCCACUGCCAGAUCAGUGGAUUCCUGAUGGGACUGAGCGUGAUUGGAUCUAUAUUUAACAUCACUGGCAUUGCCAUCAAUCGCUACUGCUAUAUCUGUCACAGCCUCAAGUAUGACAAGCUAUACAGUGACAAGAACUCGCUUUGCUACAUCCUUCUCAUCUGGAUACUGACAGUGGUUGCUAUAGUGCCAAACUUUUACGUCGGCUCCCUGCAGUACGACCCCAGGGUCUACUCGUGUACGUUUGCGCAGUCGGCCAGCUCAGCGUACACCAUCGCCGUAGUGUUCUUCCAUUUCAUUCUUCCAAUCAUGAUUGUGACGUACUGCUACCUGCGGAUCUGGAUUUUGGUGAUCCAGGUGAGGAGACGCGUCAAACCUGAGUUCCGGCCCAAACUCACGCCACAAGACAUAAGGAACUUCGUUACCAUGUUUGUGGUGUUCGUUCUUUUUGCCGUCUGCUGGGCCCCUCUCAAUUUCAUUGGAUUGGCGGUUGCUAUAAACCCCGGGCGGGUUGCGCCUCUCAUCCCAGAGUGGUUUUUUGUAUUCAGUUAUUUCAUGGCCUAUUUCAACAGCUGCCUUAAUGCUAUAGUCUAUGGACUGCUGAACCAGAACUUCAGAAGAGAGUACAAAAAAAUUAUUAUCUCACUCUGUACUGCGAGGAUGUUCUUUCCAGAGAGUUCAAACGAUGCUGCGGAUCGGAUCAAAAGCAAGCCAUCUCCUUUAAUGACAAACAACAACCAAGUCAAAGUAGAUUCAGUAUGAAAACACCUAAAAGGACACUGUGAACAAAAACCUAAUAAGCAUUUCAGCUGCUUUCAGAACCAAUAUUUAUAACCUACAUACACAUUUAUGUAUUUCUUGUACCUUUUGCUUUUACAAGAAGGUGCAUUGCAAAUAUCUUGCUUGGUCUCAGUGUUUACAAGUUCAUAAUUUUAGGCAUUUUUUUUAUUAUUAUUACUUUAUAUACAGUAGAUCCAUUCAUAUUUUUUUUCACGACAUCAUAAAAUUAAUGCUACAAAUCAACGCACAAAACUGUCGUACAGUACAUGAAAAACAAUGUGCCAACUGAGCAGAUCAGUAGCCCUUAAUCCUGGUAAGUGCUCAUAAAAAUUAUGAUCAUUAUCACACUGUUUUUAUUUUUAAUUUUUUUAGUUUAGUUAUUUAGUUAUUUUCUGAUGUUGUUAAGAAGCCGUCUGCAGCGCAUGCCAAAUAAUGCAUUGGCAAAAUAAUAAUUUAUUUAUUGUACUCAAGUAUGUUUUUUUUCUAGGUAACCUGGUUUUAAUUGGAAAGACAAAUGAUGAAAACAACAGUAUUUGUCCCAUAUUUGAAAGCAAAUGUCUUUAGGUUCCUAUGACAGAUUUAAAACUGGGUUCAUGUAAAUGUAGGGAAUAAUAGUUACCCAAAGAUGAUCAUUUACACACCCUAUGUCGUUCUGUAUGAUUUUCUGCUGAACACAACAGAAGACAUUUUGAAGAUUGUUUCUGUGCAUACAUUGAAUGUCAGUGGGGUCCUAUUCUCGCAUAGUCAGACUGAAGGUCUGGAAUCCAUGGCAGCUUUCUUUCGCCACCGACAUGUCAAACAACUAAUCACAGUUCGUUUCAUUCAUCGUCACGUUUCGAGGUGUGGAAAUGUCACCACAAUAACAGACCGGUGUGUAAAACUCUCUGACGGAUUCUAUGCAGCCGACUUUCAAUAUUUCACAUACUUUUGAGACUCCAGAGUUUAGUUGAUCCUGAUAAGCACUGGUCAUCACAGUUGUAAGCACUCCGGCUUUCUUCUUUCGUGAGGGGGUUUUGCCGCCACGUAUCUUUGUUUCUAGGCGGAAUGUUAAAAAACACAACACACACGUCUCCCGGAAAUCCUGACUACACAGACUUUUAUUGUUUUUUGAAAGGUUUUUAAUAAAGAUUACACCGUUUUAAUGUUUGGGUCAUCUUUCCCUUUGAACGGUCACUACAAAAUGUCAAAUUGUAAAAUAUGAUUUCAGACAUUAAUGUUCCAAAACUAUUUCUUAUUAUUCAUCUGUUACAUCACCUAUGAUUUACUUAUUCUUCAGAUUGCAUGUACUGCAAUGGAGUGCAUUUAAUGAUAAGCAAUACAAGUCUAUUUUUAAACAACUUAGGGUUAAUUCAGGAUAAUUGGGCCAUAUUUCCAAUAACAAAAGUGUCCCAAUUUACCAGAAUUCAGCACAUCCAUAUUCUGCCAUAGAGAAGAACAAAUUCAAUGUACUACUGUAAACCACCUUUAUAAUGUCAUUUUGUUCAACAUAGUACCUUACUUUCUUGUUUACAACAUAAAA